AUGGCAGCACUGGAAUUCGCUAACACACCGAUUAGCAAAGCCCUCGAAGUGAUACGGAAGAAAAUAGAAGAUGAUACCACUUUGAAGAAGAGAACGCUACUCACAGUAGACGACAUAAUGGAGUUGCUGGAAUUCGUGCUCACCACCACCUAUUUCAUGUUUGGCGGACAGUUAUAUCAACAGAAGUUUGGCACGGCGAUGGGUAGCCCCAUAUCUCCAAUCGUUGCCAACUUAUACAUGGAAGAUUUAGAACAGACAGCCAUCAAUACAGCGUCUGAACAUAUCAAACCCAGAUUUUGGAAACGCUAUGUAGAUGACAUGCUAGCGGAGGUUACCAAGGGAUCCACACGCAUCCUCAAUAAUCAUCUCAACUCAAUAGAUACGUCCGGCAACAUACAAUUCACCUCUGAAGAAAUGGAAAACAACAGCAUUCCUUUCCUAGACACGAAGAUUGUGAGCAGAGAAGAUGGUACGAUUAAAACCGUGGUCUACAAGAAGAAGACCCAUACCAAUCAAUAUCUGAACUUUUAG